AUGUCGUCCGAGUCGAAAGGCAAAGGCGUACUUUUCUCCUUCACCAGCUUGCUGCUCUUCUUGGUUUGGGGCAUGUGGAAGCACAGCAACGACGAGCGUGUCACCAAAGCCAAGAAAGCAAGCGCCGAGUAUCGUGAGCAGCAGAAGAAGUCGGGACGCAAGUCGGUCCUGCCGGCUGACUUUAAGGGUUCCUACUACUCGUAA